GUUAUCUGCAAGCAACAACCAUCCAAAACCUACCAAGAUGUUCAAGUUUUUCGCUCUGUGCCUGUUCGCCGUUGUUGCUCUGGCUGCCGCCAAGCCUCAGUUCCUGACCACCUACAGUGCUGCCACGCCCUAUGUGGCUGCCAGCCCCUACGCAGCGGCCUACACCAGCGGCGUGUAUGCCUCACCCUAUUCGGCUGCCUACACCAGCGGCGUUUAUGCCUCGCCCUACGCCUACAGCGCCUAUCCUUAUAGCUCCGUCUACCUGAGACGUUAAGGAUGAACUUUUGUACGCGCACCCAUUCAAGAUGGAGCAACUACUGCAACCUUGCUGACGACCAACGAUGAACAAAAAUAAAACGACAAGGAAAACCAAAAAACCAAAAACA